AUGAUGCCCAUGCCUGGAGGAGGAGGGCAACAAGGAGUUUUUGUCAUCAAUAAGAAUGCAAAGCGAGACCAGGGGCGCAAAGCACAGCUCACAAACAUCCAGGCUGGCAAAACAGUCGCCGGGAUCGUGCGCACCACAUUGGGCCCCCGCGCUAUGCUGAAAAUGCUGUUGGACCCUAUGGGCGGCAUUGUGAUGACAAAUGAUGGCAAUGCCAUUUUGCGAGAGGUAGAUGUCUCUCAUCCAGCAGCCAAAAACAUGAUCGAGCUUAGCCGUGCUCAGGACGAGGAAGUUGGAGAUGGCACCACUUCUGUCAUCAUUCUUGCAGGGGAGCUCUUGGGGGUAGCAGAGCCUUUGCUUGAGAAGAAGCUUCAUCCGACCCUCAUUGUGUCAGGGUACAUGAAGGCCCUAGAGGAUGCACAGACUCUUCUUAAAGAGCUUGCGUAUCCUGUAGAUGUUGAUGAUCCAAAGGCCCUUGGUGAAAUUGUCCGCGGGUCGAUUGACACAAAAUUCGCUAGCCGGUUUGGUACAUUGAUCUCUGACCUUGCCAUCCAAGCAGUGAAGACUGUCUGCAUUGUCAAGCCUGAUGGGCGCAAGGAGAUCGAUGUAAAGCGCUUUGCAAAAGUGGAGAAGAUCCAGGGUGGUGAACUCUCGGAUUGCAAGGUACUGGACGGAGUCAUGUUCAACAAGGACAUCACGCACCCGAGGAUGAGACGCGAGAUCAAGAAUCCUCGAGUUGUUUUGCUCGACUGCCCUCUCGAGUACAAGAAGGGCGAAAGUCAAACCAAUGUCGAGAUCACAAAAGAGUCUGACUGGGAAAAGUUACUGCAACAAGAGGAGGAAGAGAUGAGGAGAGUGUGCGAUGAUAUCCUGAAGGUGAAGCCGGACCUUGUCAUCACAGAGAAGGGCGUCUCAGAUCUUGCACAGCACUUUCUGAUGAAGGGUGGUUGCUCCGUGAUCCGCCGCAUCCGCAAAACUGACAACCAUCGUAUUGCCAGAGUCACUGGAGCCCACAUUUGCAAUCGCACGGAGGAGCUUCAGGAGACCAUGGUGGGAACUCGGUGCGGUCGCUUCAAGGUUCAGAAGAUCGGCGAGGAGUACUUCACCUUCUUGACCGAAUGCCAGGACCCAAAAGCCUGCUCCAUCCUUUUGCGGGGUGCCACUCGGGAUGUGCUGAAUGAAAUCGAGCGCAAUCUGCAUGACGCAUUCGGCGUGGCCAGGAACAUUCUCCUCGAACCGCUCCUCUUACCUGGUGGCGGAGCUGUUGAAAUGGAGCUUGCUGCACGACUGAAGGAGAAGUCCAAAAGCAUUGAGGGCAGUCGGCAGUACGCUUACAGGGCUGUUGGAGAGGCGCUUGAGGUCAUUCCUCGUAGCUUGGCCCACAAUUGUGGUGCAGAUGUAGUGAGGGCAAUGACCGACCUGCGAGCUCGACACGCUGCAUCAGGCAAUGCACACUUUGGCAUCGAUGGCAGAACCGGCAAAGUGGCUGACAUGAAGGCCCUGGGCAUUUUUGACACGUUUGCGGUGAAGCAGCAGACGUUGAGGACGUCCAUCGAAGCAGCGGCAAUGCUGCUCCGUAUUGACGACAUCAUCUCUGGGAUCAGCAAGAAGCAGCGGGACAAGCCAUCGGCCGCAGCUAUCUUAGACCAGAACUCGUCAUGGGUGGGGACGAUGAGACUUUCGGGGAUUCCCGGGAUGGAUGAGAAUGCCGCGUCUGUCAGCGGGCGUGCUAUCAACGGUCGGGGCCUCGGCGGCAUGGCAAGGUUCUCCUCAGUGGUGGAAAUGCUGUACCAUGACAGGAUCCUGCGCUGUGCGAAGGCUGGAGAUGCAGAAAGAGCAAAGUCGUGGUUUUCGAAGAUGAGAGCUGCAGGGUAUGAACCAGACCUUCAGGCUUACAAUAUUCUUCUGGGCGCUCAUGCAAGUCGUGGAGACAUGGAUUCUGCAGACGAGGUGCUGAGUUCCAUGCAUCAAGAUGACUGCGUGCCAGACCAAUACACCUACACUGCUGCUAUCCAGUCCUGUGAGCGUUCCGGGGACAUCCAGCACGCACAGGCCCAUUUUCAGAAGAUGCAGCAAAUGGGGAUCCUGCUUACAGAUGUUGUGUGCAAUGCAAUGAUCGCAGUUCAAGCUUCUGUGGGAGAUGUUGAAGGUGUGGAGAGGACCCUGAAGGAAAUGCGGCUACAAGGAGUUCCACCAGACAGAGUGAGCUUCAAUUCGGCAAUUGCUGCUGCAGUGAAGGCUGCUGACCAAGAUGCGGUCACCCGAUGGCUCAAUGAGAUGAAGCAGUCAGGUUUUGAGCCAGAUGCCACCACCUACACCUCAGUGGUGAAUUCCAGUGUUUUGAAGCGCAACAUGUUGGAGGCAGAGAAGUGGAUUGAUCAGGCCAUUCAGGAUCAGAUUUCAAGCCCAGCGCCCUUCAACUGCUUGAUUGAUGGCUAUGGGAAAGCGGGCGACUUGACUGCUGCCGAGGCAGUUUUUGACCGGAUGAGGAAUGCCUCCAUCAAGCCAAAUUUAACCAGCUACAAUUCCCUGGUUGACGCCUUUGCACAGGAUGGCAACAUGAAGAUGGCUGUGACUUCCAUGUCUCGAAUGACGAGCCACAUGCUUAAGCCGGAUGUCAUUACGUACACUUCUCUGAUCAGCGGUUUUGCAGCCAGGGGGCAAAUGCAGUUGGCCAAGGAAUGGCUUGACAACAUGUGCCAAGUGUCCCUCGAGCCAAAUGCGGUCACUUUUGGGACAAUCCUGCGAAGCUGCGAGAAGCGGCACGACGUAGAUGCAGCUGAACAUAUUCGUAAAAAGAUGGAAGAGCUUGAGAUCGAACCAAAUCGGGUGAUUUUCAAUACCUUGCUCCACAUUUAUGCUUCAGCACGAGACAUCAACCAGGCAGAGGCGGUUUUCCAGGACCUGGUUUCUAGGGAUACACCCGACAUCUUUGCCUUUGGAUCCAUGGUCAAAGCUGCUGCGCGAAUUCCAGACCUGGCUCGUUCCAAGGCCUGGAUGAUUAGGGCAAGAUCUGCUGGACUAACUCUGGAUGCUCGGAUCUUCUACUCGUUGCUUUCGGGUGCUGCAUCCGUGGGGGACCUCGCUGCUGCUCAACAAGCCAUCGAUGACAUGAAGGCUGUGGGCCUGGCAGAGGACGUGGUGACCUGCACCGCUCUGAUCAGGGCUUGUGCGAAUGCAGGUGAUCUUGAAGAAGCUGAGGUGACGCUGGAGCGCAUGGAGUCACAUGGUAUUUUACCCAAUGAAUAUACACUGAAUGCAACCAUGACUGCAUGUGCAAGCGCGCGGUUUCCCACAAGAGCCGAACAUUGGUUCAGGCAAUUGGUGAAGAAGGGCGUGAAAAUGGAAAUCAUUGGAUUCAAUAGCCUGAUGGCAACCUGGACUGGCGAUCCUGCAAGGAUACAACACUGGAUCCAGCGGAUGAGGAUUGCUGCUAUUUCUCCAGAUAUCAUUGCAUUCAAUGGACUCCUGAACUCCUGUGCUAUCGUCUGUGAUGUGGACCUUGCAACGCAAGUUUGGUCCCAUUUAGACGAAGCAGGUAUCCGUCCAACCUUGGGAAGCUACCGUGCAUUCUCAAAGGCGUUGGCGCGGCAAGGUCGCUAUGAGGAGUUGUCUUCACUACUGAGGCGAAUGGCCCGUGAAGGUCGAAGUAAGGAUGUGUUUUGCCUGCGUGCACUGCUGACUGCUUGCGCCAAAGCAAAAUCUGAGGAUGCUGCGAAGAUGGCAGAGGAAGUUUUUCAAGAUGCUCAUAAAAUGCUGGCGAACGACUCAUAUGCUCAUAGGGCAUUCCGGUUGGCUACAAGUGCAAAGGCUGGCAAGAGAUAUACUGCAUUGACCAAACAGUUCAAUUUGGACCCACCUCGUAUCAAGCCGUCACAGGAGGCCUACAACAGUGAUGCGAAGCAAGAAACCGAUGCAACGAAUGAUGAAGAAGCUUUCAUGUUGUUGCGGCGAAAUGCGAGCGCGCAAUUUGUUUUGCAGUCGAGACAGUCAAUGCCACAGGGAGGGCGAAAUUUACAAGCAGUACAAGCAGCAAAAGGUCAGCAGGCAGACUCACCAGUGGAAGUUCAAAAAGAAGGUGGUGAAAAGGACACGCAUUCAUUUGUCUUGUCCGCAAGUACAGAGCCCUUGCUUCGAAGCUUUCGGCACAGUGUCCGCAAGCACCAUCAGACCACCAGGCUGCGCUUGAAGCCUUAA